AUGGACUUUUUCGCAGUGAAGCAGCAGUUCUACACAGGCAACUACGAGGAAACGUUGACCGAAGUGGCCAAGUUCAACAAGACCCAGGACGACACGUUGACGUACUACAAAAACAGGGCAUUGCUCGCCUUGGGCCAGUUCUCACCAACUAAUUCCUCCUCAGAAGCACUGGAUACCGUCUUCGAUGCAUACUACCACUUCUUACAAGAUACCAGCAGCGACCUAGCGAAGCUAGAACAAGCUGUUGACGCAGCAGGCAGAUCUCCCCUAGCAUUGAACCUCUUGGUCACGGCAUUGACCAUCCAAGGAGACUUCUCCAAGGCCCUCGAAGUCGCUGUCGAAGGUAUAGACUCCGACCAGGUCACAGGAACCGCAGAACUGCUCCUAACCGCGAUCCAGGUCACUCUACUCAAUAACCAACCAAGCCUAGCAACAACAAUGUUCGAGAACUUCCAAGCCCUACAAGAACAAUCCAGCGAAGACGAAAUCGUCCUCAACUUAGCAGAAUCCUACAUCAACUUCAACCUAGCCAAAGAGGUCACAAGCUCAAACUUCUACUUCUACGACGAGUUGUCCCAGACUUUCCCCAGCUGGAAAACUCAGCUCGGACUCUUGAGCUUACACCUCCAGCAAGCCAACUUGCCCGAGUCCAAGGCCAUCAUAGACCUCCUCGAAUCAGACUUCUACACCUCAAAACCAGAAGCAGCAGUCUACAAUGCUGAUCUCCUAGCAAACAAGAUCACUUACACCAUCUUGUCCGGCAAAGACGCUUCCCAAUUACGCGCAGAUCUCAAGCAAUUGAAGCCUACACACCCGCUGUGCGUCGUUGACGAGGCCAACAACAAGGCCUUCGACCAGAUCGUGGCCAAAUACUCUGCCUGA